GUAGUGGAAAUCGAAUACGUGUACUAUGUGGGAGUUUGCCGUUGGUCUACGAUCUAUACAAUUACUCCCGUCCAAUGAUGCUCAAUUUGCCUACUAUUUGCCAGUUAAAUGUUCAGUGCGAUCCUUCUGCUAAUGUCAAGACCCGCGCCGUGAAAUAGUCGCCAUCUUUGCGACUGAGUCGCAUCCCUCAAUUUGGCCCGUUGUAUGUUCCGCGCAGCUUUAUGUAGUGUCAGAGAAAAAAAUCAUUGAAAGUUGGUGUCGAAGGAGCAAAAGGGUUCAGGGAGACCAAAUAGCGUUCGAGCUGUGUCGAGAGUGUAGCCCAGCGCAAAAGUGGGCGGAACGCAUGGGUCUUACGUUCAUUUGGCCUCGCUACAGUACGUGAUAAGGAAAUUUCGGUAUUUGACAAGUGACAUCGAAUUCGUGUUAAUUGUUCGCGAGGUGACAGUACAUUAACUCGUAUAAUUCAUCCGACCGUAUACCGGCAUAUGCCAUUAUAGUGUGUGUUUGUUCGAACAUCGUUUGGUGUAAGAAAAAUGAGUUGUCAACGUAACGCUGGCAAGAUUACAGUGCCAGACGAGUUGCGGGACGUUUUGUUGGAGUUUACGAUCAGUUAUCUGUUGGAGCAACCAGUGGAUAUUAUCGACUAUGCCGUCGGUUUUUUCACGCAACUUCGGGAAAGCCGUCAAACUCAGUUGAUUCAAGCCCCUGCGCAGACCGGCUCUUCUACGCCGGACGAGUCUGUCGAUGAAGAACCGCCAAUCGGAAGGUUCGCAUCGAGGAGGAAGAGCGUGUUUGCAGAAGCCUACAAUCCUGAGGAAGACGAAGAAGAAGAUGGAGUUAAGAUGGUGCAUCCGAAGAGCGACGAGCAACGGCAGAGGCUCGGCGACAGCGUAAAGCAUAUUCUUCUGUUUCGGGCUCUAGAUGAGGAACAAAUGGCGGACGUGUUGGACGCGAUGUUCGAGAAGAUCGUGCAGCCCGAAGAAUUUAUUAUCCGGCAAGGUGACGAUGGUGACAAUUUUUACGUCAUCGAGAGAGGAAAAUUCGAGGUGUACGUAAAAGAUCAAGCUGGUGUGGAAUCUAUGAUACACACGUACAAUAAUCGUGGUGCUUUUGGUGAGCUGGCGCUUCUUUAUAACAUGCCGAGGGCAGCAAGUAUCAAGGCUAUCACGUCUGGUACACUGUGGGCAAUGGAUAGGCAGACUUUCCGACGUAUUCUAUUGAAGUCCGCCUACAGGAAGCGCAAAAUGUACGAGGACCUUAUCAACAAGGUCCCGAUGCUUAAGUCUCUCGAGCCAUAUGAACGUAUGAACCUGGCGGAUGCUCUAGUACCAAAACAGUAUACAGAUGGCGAUCAGAUUAUCAGACAGGGCGACACAGCCGAUGGAAUGUACUUUGUCGAGGACGGCCUCGUCAAGAUCACCAUAAUAGGAGAUCACGGUCUUGAGAUCGAGAUUAAUAGAGUUCCCGCUGGUGGGUACUUAGGCGAGUUGGCGCUGGUGACACAUAAACCUCGCGCUGCUUCGGCCUACGCUGUCGGCGAUGUAAAACUAGCCUUUUUGGACGUUGAAGCUUUCGAACGCUUACUUGGACCUUGCAUGGAACUUAUGAAACGUAAUAUCGACGAUUACGAAGAUCAGCUAGUCAAAAUCUUUGGCAGCAAGGCUAACAUUUCUGAUAUCCGAUGAACUGUUCGCGAGCAGUGAUACGUUGCACUACUGUACUAAAGAUGCGACACUUUCGUACAGUAAUGUAAAAUGAGCACAAACUUGUACCACCCACUUUAUGAAUCUCAUCCGCGUGUUUUCAAGUAUCAUCUCGAGUCGACUUUCGUAAUGACUGUUCACUUAGACGUGUACCAGUAAGAAUCGUCGUUAAUAGUUACCAAGUUUGUACCUAUGACACACAGUGAAGGGAUAACAGAAAAAGGAAAAGAACAUAAAAAAUUGUAAGCAUCUCAACCGAUUCGUAUCUGCAUUACAGCAUUGUGAUCACAGUACAAGUGAAUUCUUAAGACUGCAUCGGAUCAGGAAGUAUUAGCCUAUCUUGUCAUGUGCUCGAAACGUUUACAAGAUAGAAGUCUGAGUACUAAAUAAGAUUUUCAUCGAAUUGUUCGUAAAAAGAGAAAGAAAAGUAAAGAAAAGGAAUACUCGGAGUGAUGCAACGUAUCGACAGACUCACAGAGUUCUCAAAUGAUGUACCUUUAUGCCAUUCUUUAUUCUUAUACUUGAUACUUUAGGAGCUGUAUUCCAUUUU